CACCUCCCUAGUGUCGUCGUUGUGUUGAAAAAGUUCCAGUUGCAAUUGUUUGCGUUUUUUCAAGGAGAAAAUAAAUUAUUUUUUUCAUUUCGUUAAACAAAUUUCUAUCGUUUAAAUACCAACAACAUCAUUUUCAAAAAUAUUUCCAUUUCCAAAACCAACGACAACAACACCAAAGAAAUUGCAAUAGUCAAGAAUAAUCAACGAUAGAGAAAGGAGAAGCAGAAAAGUACAAAAAAAAAAACCAAGCAAACCACAACACACAAUACAUACACCAGUACAUCAGUUGCAGCAAGGAGAAGACGCUUUUGAAAUUUCGCCUUGUUAACGAACAAACGAAUUGUGUUUCUUCUAUUUUGUUUUUUUUUUCGGUGAGGAAAUCUAGCAAGGAAAAAUAAGUCAAUAUGAGUUCGAUCUCCAAUGUUGAAAACCUAUCUCCACAAACCAUCCGCCAAGUCAUGAAAGAAAUGCAAAGUAUGGUGGAAACACCCCUGGAGGGUAUUAAAAUACAAAUAAAUGAUGCAGAUGUAACCGAUAUUCAGGCUCUAAUAGAAGGUCCAGCUGGCACUCCCUAUGCCGGUGGUUUAUUCCGUGUUAAACUAACAUUGGGCAAAGAUUUCCCACAAGCACCACCAAAAGCCUUCUUCAUUACGAAAAUUUUCCAUCCGAAUGUGGCCGCAAACGGUGAGAUUUGUGUUAACACAUUGAAAAAGGAUUGGAAACCUGAUUUGGGCAUCAAACACAUACUACUGACCAUAAAAUGCCUUCUUAUUGUUCCAAAUCCCGAAUCGGCUCUAAAUGAAGAGGCAGGAAAACUACUGCUCGAACGUUACGACGAUUACUCACAAAGAGCCAAAAUGAUGACUGAAAUUCAUGCACAGACAGCCAAAUCUACCGAUGCCAAGGAUGAUGAUGAACCGAGUUCAAAGAAACAUGCCGUUGACAAGAAACUACAGGACAAAAAGAAAGAGAAAUUAAUCAAGGAAAAGAAACGUAUGCUGAAGCGAUUAUGAGUUUUUUACUCUCCGAUUGAAAAGGACGAACAAACAGAACUCCAUUCGACACCUAGAAAAGUGCGCGCUGUCAAUGAAACCUUUCGUGUGCGUUAUUUUAUUUCUCUGAUUUUCUAAACAAACAAAAGAAAAAAACAAAACACCUGUAGCUUUAGCAUAUCUCAUCAUUUCAUCAACUCCAAUCUUUUAUUGUCCGAUUCAAUUUUUAGUUUCAUUUUCGGCAACUUUUCACACACACACUCUACAACUACAACAAUGUCUUAUCUCAUGCAUAAUAAAUUUAAUUGGGGAUUUCUUCUCAAUGUCCUUUUUAUUUUCCAAAAAAUCACACACACUCA